AUUAAGUCAGCUAGCUUUACUUCACUAAAAUUAUUGUUUACAAAUGGCGGACGAACCAAAAGAACAAGAAAUGGAAGAAAGCGACAAUCCUGAAAAAAGCUUAGAAGAUUUUGUCACCGAACAUUAUAAUAAACAAAAAAAAGAAGGAAAGAUGGAUGCUACUGAGGAAAUUGAUGAUAAAAGGACAAUGGACUUUUUUGCACGAGCCAUGUCAGAAAGCAAAAGGAUGAACUUAGAAGUAAAUAAAUCAGAACAGAAGCUUGCUAAGCUACAUGCUGAAUUAGGGAAGGAGAAGGUUGCAGCAUGGCAGGCUGAGCAUGCAGCAGAAGUUCUUACACCAGAGCAGAUGAGGCACAUGGGAUUCCAACAGGCUUCUUGAAUUCCAACAGGUUUCUUCAAUUAAUGAUUACAUCAAUCAUUUAUUUCAUAAUGGAUGUUUACAAUUUUACUGAAAGAAGUGAUGGACUUACUCUCCAUUCGUCAUAAGUAAUGUGAUAAACAGUCUUCAGAAGCAUAGUUCUGCUUGUUGUGGGGUUCAAAUGGUUAAGUUUAUAUUCUUAUGUUUCAAUAUCAAUUCAGUACAGCAAACUAUUUGCCAUUUGUAUUCCUGUACAUAUUUCAUUGCCUUUCAUAAAUUGUUAUGUAAUAAAAAAAAUGUAAGCAUAUA